UUUUGGUUGUCUUGCUGGGGAACGUAACAGUGAGCUUGAUAUGUUUUUUAGUAAAUCAUGAGAGUGCAUUCGACUCAGUUUCCCCUACCAGAAACACGCGAUACCGUAAAGUGUUGUGUAUUCGUGCACAAAAAUUCAGGCGGAAACUGAAGAACGAAUGGCUUGACCGCAUUUUGCGAACGUUGGUUCAGUUAACAAACGGUCACAUUUAUGCUGCUCCCUGAUGGGCUUAGUUGAUCAUUUCAAGAAUUUGAAGAUUAAACAUCAACAUGGGAAGCUCUGAUUCUCGUUAUGGAAACAUUAUGGAGGUUGAAACUACUGGUGCCUCUAAGGAGACAGCAUAUGCUGACGGACAUGCUAGAGGUUAUAAAGGGGUGUAUGCAUCUCAGAGAAUGGCAGAGUAUGACAAGGAUGACAUAAAUAACUACAUUGACAUCAUCAAAGAGGUGGGGGAAAAGUAUGAAAUAGCCCCAGCUCUCAUCUGUGGCAUCAUCUCAAGAGAGACCAGAGGUGGGAGAUUAAUACGUAACCCGUCCCCACCAAUCGUCCCAGACCAAGGCUGGGGGGACUAUGGAAACGGCUUUGGGCUAAUGCAGGUUGAUGUUAACCCAAAUGGUGGCAACCACAAGAUAAUUGGUAAAUGGGACAGUAAGGAUCAUCUUGCACACGCCACUGAGAUUCUAAUUGAUUUCAUCAAAAUAAUCCAAGACAAGCGUCCUGAAUGGACCACGGAGCAGCAGCUGAAAGGGGGAAUUGCGGCCUACAACCAGGGGGAUGGAGCGAUCGGUUCGCUAUAUGCGAAUGUGGAUGAGAACACCACUGGAAAGGACUAUUCCAAUGAUGUUGUUGCCAGGGCUCAAUGGUACCACAACAACUUGGUCUGAGGUUCACAUCAUACAUUUUGAAAGAGAUGAUAGCUUUUGGACUCCCUAUCAUUGACCAGCAUACAUACCAUUGAAAUGAAAGAGGAUCACAUAGGUUACAUUGUGUAGUUCUACUCUUUCAAACUUCCUCAGGUGUUGGACCAUUCAGUAACCUGCUAUGAUGAUUAAUGAUAAAUGCACAAUAUGUUAUGCACAAUGUAAUAUGAAGGUUUAGUUUUAUGCAUUUGUCAAACAUUUUAAUGGCUAUGUUUUUUUUUCUAGUUCAGUAGCCUGUUUUUUUCAAUCAA